AUGCCGCUCAUCAUCCUCUCCGGCCUGCCGACGUCCGGCAAGUCGACGCGCGCCAAGCAGCUCUACGACUAUCUUGCCGAGCGCAUUGAGGCCGAGGCGGCCAAGGCUGCGGAAGGCGGCACGCCGACCACCGCCGCCACACCAAAGCCAACGUACCGCUUGCACCUCAUCUCCGACGACGCCCUCUCCAUCUCGCGCGCCGUCUAUGACCUGUCCACUCUGCCUGCCCAUACCCGGUCGGCCAACGCCUCGGAAAAGGAUGCCCGCGCUGCCAUUUACGGCGCCGUCAAGCGCGUCCUGUCGCCGCGCGACAUUGUCGUCCUCGACGGCCUCAACUACAUCAAGGGCUGGCGCUACCAGCUGGCCUGCGAGGCCAAGAACGUGUCGACGACGAGCGCGGUUCUGCAGAUUGGCUGCAGUGUGGACAGGGCGCGGGAGAUUAAUGCGGAGCGGCUGCAGUCCGCCGGUACCGGCACCGAACCGUAUUCGGUCCCCAACUGGGACAACCUCGUCUUCCGCUACGAAGAGCCCAACCCCAUGACGCGCUGGGACAGCCCGCUCUUUGCGCUGACGUGGGACGACGACGCCGCCGCGACGCGCGCCGUGUUCGACAAGCUGUGGGACGCUGUGGCCGGCGCGGGCCGCAAAGAGGUGCAGCCGAACAAGGUGACGGUGCAGCGGGGCAACGACGGCGGCGGCGACUUCUUGUACGUGCUGGACCGGGCGACGCAAGACGUGGUCAAGCGCAUUCUGGAGACGCAGAAGGAGCCGGCGGGUGGCAACGGGGAGGUCAGAAUACCGAGCGGCGACUCGCAGAAGAAAGGUGACGACCUCGUGGUCGAGCUGCCCGGCAAGGCGGUCGGCCUUGCUCAGCUGCAGCGGCUGCGGCGGGCGUACAUGGGCCUCAACCGGGGUGGCAUUGGGCUGGAAGGUGUUGGUGGGCAGAUGACGGCGGCUCGCAUACGGGAGAGCUUCGUGGGCUACUUGAAUGACGCGUUUGAAAAGGAGGGUUGA